CUUUCAGAAAUGUAGAUGGCAGCUGUUGUCUUUGAAGGACUCACGCCCAUCUGACCCUGCGCAGCACCUCCGAUUGCUACCAUGAUCUUCUGCAUGCUGCUGUUGGCCUCACUGCCUGAGCCGUCUGGCACCGAAGUCAACCCUGCUAUAUGCCGUUACCCUUUGGGUAUGCAUGAAGGGACAAUACGGGAUGAAGACAUCACUGCUUCCAGCCAGUGGUAUGAUUCCACAGGACCCCAGUACGCACGGUUACAGAGGGAAGAGGGGGAUGGAGCCUGGUGCCCAGCUGGUUUGUUGCAACCAGAAGAUGUUCAGUUCCUUCAAAUUGACCUGCACAAGCUCUUUUUCAUCACCUUGAUUGGGACUCAGGGACGGCAUGCCCGUGCCACAGGCAAAGAAUUUGCCCGUGCUUACCGGAUUGACUAUAGCCGCAAUGGAGAGCGCUGGAUCUCCUGGAAGGAUCGUCAGGGCAGGAAGGUGAUCCAAGGAAACAUCGAUACUUAUGAUGUGGUCUUGAAGGAUCUUCGACCUCCCAUCAUUGCACGUUUUAUCCGGGUGAUUCCUGUGACGGAGAUGCCAAUGACUGUCUGUAUGAGGGUGGAGCUCUAUGGCUGUGUCUGGUAUGAUGGUUUGGCAUCCUAUAGCAUCCCUGAAGGAGGGACAAUAGCGGCUCCUGGCUUCCCCAUCGUUUAUCUGAAUGACUCGACCUAUGAUGGCUACCAGGAGCGCAGGCACUUGUACGGCGGCCUGGGCCAGCUGACGGAUGGUGUGCUAGGGCUGGAUGACUUCACACAGAGCCACCAGUACCGUGUGUGGCCAGGCUAUGACUAUGUCGGGUGGAAGAACGAGAGCUUCAGCACAGGCUCUGUUGAAAUGGAGUUCCAGUUUGACCGACCACGGAACUUCACCUCCAUGAAGGUGCAUUGUAACAACAUGUUUUCCAAGGGGGUGAAGAUCUUUCAGAAGGUGGAGUGUCUGUUCAAACCACGCCUGAUUGCAGACUGGGAGUCUGAACCUGUUGGAGUGGCAACUGUCUUAGAUGACAAAAACCCCAGCGCUAGGUUUGUGACUGUCCCCCUCAAUCAGCGUGUAGGUAAAGCCAUACUUUGCCGCUUCUACUUUGCUGACACCUGGAUGAUGAUGAGCGAGAUUUCCUUCCAGUCAGACAUGGAGACCGUGAAUCCCAAUUUCGUUACAGUAGCCACAAGCACAACAGAUCUCCUGGAACCAGAGUGCAACGUUACUGAGGGGGCCUGGGAAACCACAUCUUCUGUAACCAGCACCUGGAUCGGAGAGAAGGCAGAUGACUCCAAUACCUCCAUCCUCGUGGGCUGCCUUGUAGCUAUUAUUCUUCUGCUCCUGAUGAUUAUAAUCAUUAUUCUUUGGAAGCAAUAUGUUCAAAAAAGGCUGGAAAAGGCCCCACGUCGAAUCCUGGAGGAGGAUGCCACAGUUCGCCUCUCCUUCUACAGCUACACCAUUGCCAACAACCAGACCCAGAUCCACCAGUCAAAUCCCACCUAUGAACGUGCUUUCCCACUGGAUCUGGAAUAUCACCAGCCGGCUACGUUGCUGCAAAAGCUUCCAGAGCUCUCCCAAAGUGCAGAGGAUUCAGUGUGCAGUGGGGACUAUGCUGAGCCUGACCUGACCAAGUCCACUCCUCACCAAGGCUUUCAGAACAAUGUUCCUCACUACGCCGAAACAGAUAUCGUCCACCUGCAAGGUGUGACUGGCAACAACAUGUACGCGGUCCCAGCCCUCACUGUGGAUUCGCUUACCAAGAAGGACAUCUCAGUGGGUGAAUUCCCACGGCAGCAGCUACGACUCAAGGAGAAGCUGGGAGAAGGACAGUUUGGAGAGGUGCACCUUUGUGAAGCCGAUGGCCUGCUGGAAUUCCUGGGAGUCUCGUCUACAGAAUUCACUCACCAGCCAGUUCUGGUAGCAGUGAAAAUGCUGAGAUCAGAUGUCAACAAAACAGCCAGAAAUGAUUUCCUGAAAGAGAUCAAGAUCAUGUCACGGCUGAAGAACCCAAAUAUCAUCCGGCUUCUGGGGGUGUGUGUGCGUGAUGACCCACUGUGCAUGAUCACAGAGUACAUGGAAAAUGGAGACCUCAAUCAGUUCCUGUCGCAGAGGGAGAUCUACAGCAAAUUUGCCAUUUCAAACAAUAUUCCCUGUGUCAGCUACUCUAACCUGCUGUACAUGGCCACCCAGAUUGCCUCUGGAAUGAAGUAUUUAGCAUCUCUGAAUUUUGUGCACAGAGAUCUGGCGACUCGCAACUGCCUGGUGGGGAACAACUACACCAUCAAGAUUGCGGACUUUGGCAUGAGCAGGAACCUGUACAGUGGGGAUUACUACCGUAUCCAGGGAAGAGCCGUACUGCCCAUACGUUGGAUGGCUUGGGAAAGCAUCCUCCUGGGCAAGUUCACCACGGCCAGUGAUGUCUGGGCAUUUGGGGUCACCCUCUGGGAGAUGUUCAUACUGUGUAAAGAGCAACCGUACAGCCUCCUCUCAGAUGAGCAAGUCAUCGAGAAUACAGGAGAGUUCUUCCGGAGCCAGGGCAGGCAGAUCUAUCUCUCCCAGACUCCUCUGUGUCCUAACCCUGUGUUUGACCUGAUGCUGAAAUGUUGGAGCAGGGAUAUAAAAGAUCGUCCCACUUUUGACAUGAUUCACCACUUCCUGCUAGAACAAAUGGAAUCAAACAUUUGACUCCAGGAAAAAAGAGACAAACUGUUGAGAACAGAGUGACUUUGGUGUCUCUUUGCCUGUACCUCACAGGAAGAUGGUCAGGCCACCUUGCUCUCCUCCCUUGACUGUUCCGUAUUUAAGUUGAGAUGUCCAUGGCAGCUGCUCAUUCUAUUGGCCAUGGUCUGACACGCAGGACCAGAGGAUCUCAUUUGGUUGAAAAAUCAUCUCCUCUUCUGAAUCACUUCCUGGGAAUACUGUGAGAGGGGUUUUAUUAGAUACCCGUACACCUUUGGGCAAAAUGAA